AUGUCGAUACAGGGCAAGAAGGCAAAGGACUUGCCUUACGCGCGGCUCCUGUUCCGGCAGAAGGAUCGCCAUUUCGCCACCGUCGUCUUUGCUCGCGCGCACGCCUCGCGAGCCGCAGACGCCGAGCGGCCUGCUGGCCGCACUUUGUUCCUUGCCAACCUGCCGCUGUCGGCGACGGGAUCCGCGCUCCGCUCGGCGCUCGAGGCGUUUGGUCCCGUCGACGCGGUGCAUAUGGACGCGGCGGGCGGUGUCGCUGCCUCUCCUCGCCGCAGCCAGCAAGCGCAUGUCGUCUUUGCGGCGGCCCCGGCGCUCCGCAAGUGCCUCAAAUGCGACCGCGCCAUUCCGCUCUCCGCGGGAGGGGGGGGAGGAGGCGCGUCCAGCGUGGGCGGCACUUUGGGCGACGCGCCCGAGGAUCGCGAGACUCUCGGUGCAUCGGUCGCUGCAUUCCUGCAGCAAUUUGAGGCGGACGAGGCGUCGCGCGCACGCGCGGCGGAGAGCGCGCACGGAGCGAUGGACGAGGACGGCUUCGUGCUGGUGACUCGCAAGGCAAAGGGGAGGAGCGUCGCGAGCGACGGCACCGUCUCGAUGGGUGCCGCCUCGGACGCAGCCACCGCCGCGCGCGCCGCCAAGCGCGUUGCCUCCCGAAUCGCACACGAGCGCAAGCGCGACAAGCUGCUGGCGCUACGGGAGCAGUUCGAGGCGGACAAGGCUCGCGUCGCAAAGCUGCGCGCCGACCGCAAGUUCCGCCCGUACUAGAAUCGAAUGCAUGUACACGAGUUUAUCUGCUCCGGCUUCUCCACACGGUCGCGCUCCCGGACACUUUUGAAUCAAACUUCAAAGA